GGACCUCUUCUUUACCCUUUCCCUAAAGACACGCAAGCUUCAACUAGUGUCAAACCAUCUCAUCUUCUUCUCCCCUUCUUCUUCUUCUUCUUCUUCUUCUCUCCCGCUUUCUCUCUCUUUUCCUUUUCCUUUUCCUUUUUUUUUCAAUUCUUUUUCCUAACUAUCAUCUUGUGUUCACUAUGUCUUCCUUUUAUAGCUUCAAGCUUUAUUUAGAACCUUUUAAACUGAAUUCCAAAUAAAACUUGUUACUGUUUCUGAACUGAAAUAUUUUACCUUCUUCUUCUUCUUCUUCUUCUUUAAUUUGUGGGUGUGGGUGUGUGUGUGUGUGUGUGUAUAUUUAAUGGAGGUGAUGGCUGCCAGGCCAAGUAUAAGCAUAGAGACUCACAACUCAGUAGGAUCAGCUUUACCAUAUGUCGCCCUUCCACUCUUCAUCCAAACAAACAUCAAUACACAACAAGAAGAUCAACAACAAGAAUCCAUGCAUCCUUCCAUUGCCAACCAUGAUGAGGAGGAGGAGGGAGGAGAAGGAGGAUGUCUCAUCAGAAAGCUCCUCCAUAGGACAACCAGACCAAAGCUCAUCAGAGGAUGAGGAGCAAGUGGAUGAUGAAGUCCAAAGCAAGUUCAAGAAACCAUUGAUCAUGUCCUUGAAUUCUAUUCAAGAAGCUCUCCCCAUCAAGAGAGGGUUGUCAAAUUACUUCAAUGGAAAAUCAAAAUCAUUUGCAUGUUUAUCAGAUGUGAUGAAUGGGAAAGCACUAGACUUGGUGAAAAAUGAGAACCCUUUCAACAAAAGGAGAAGAAUUCUAAUGGCUACCUCUAGAAGAGCUUCAUAUAAUUCCCUCAUUCAAGUUGAUCAUAAUAACAACUCUUCUUCUUGUUCUUCUCUUCCUCCAUUAAUGCUUUCCUCCUCUAACUUCACAUUAGAAGAAGAGAAAGAAGAUGAUGAUCACAAUGACAAGCUACCACUUGAAGGCUCAUCAACAUCUUCAUCAUCUUCAUCUUUAGCUCCACUCUCUAUACUUGAUACAAAGGCUUUCAACAAGUCUUUCAAGUCUCCAAGAUCUUUCUCUCUCUCUGAUCUCCAACAUGUUUAAUUAUACAAAGCUAGCUAGCUAGCUUUCUUUCCUUUCUUAUUAUAUUUAUGUGUAUGUAUGUAGUUUAAUUAACAAUCAAUAAAACUUUUCUUUGUUCUUCAACUUAA